AUGAGUGGUUCAAGUACUACAACACUUUCAGUCCUCACCUUAAAUUGCUGGGGUCUGAAGCAUGUUUCUAAGAAACGGAACCGGCGCAUAGAAGCUAUUGCUGACAGCCUGGCACGUUCAGAUUACGAGAUUGUUUGUUUGCAAGAAGUGUGGGUUGGCGUCUUGGGUGGAGGUCUUGUCAUUCUCUCGCGUUAUCCGAUAGUUGAAUUUAAUUUUCACAAAUAUCGUUUGAAUGGUCGCCCAAUUAAACUUACACAUGGUGAUUGGUACGUGGGCAAAGGAUUGACUAGUGCAGUGGUUGACCAUCCCGUGUCUGGGUUAAUCGAAGUGUUCAAUACUCACAUUCACGCGUGUUACGAUCAUAAAAAGAAUGACGAUUAUCUAACACACAGAGUUGCUCAAGCUUGGGAAGCUGCAAAUUUGAUGAAAAUUUCUGCCUCACGAGGGAGAAAUGUUAUCGCGCUUGGUGAUUAUAAUAGCGAGCAAGAUUCUCUUGCAUAUAAACUUAUCACUCAACAUGGACAGAUGACUGAUGCUUGGCAAUCUCAAAACUCUAAUACACCGAUGAGCGUUUCUACUACUUCUAUUAAUCAAGAAAUUGUUCUACCUGGGUUCGAUGCGAACGCUGCCAUUAAUCAAAAAGGUGUUACUUGUGACUCACCGGUCAACACAUGGUCUAAAUGUUUUGCUCUCAAGCAUGCAACAAAUAAUCGAGAUGUUGGUAUUCGUAUUGAUUAUGUCUUUUACCGUAAGACAUCGAGAUUUUGGUGCAGUAAUUCACGCGUCGUCUUUACUGAAAGGAUUCCGGAAUUGGGUUACUCUUAUUCUGAUCAUUUUGGUGUUGAAGCUACAUUUACACUUGUUGGACGCGACAAGAAUUCUGUUAUUCCGUUAUCUAUUUGGGAACAAGGUCCUUAUGAAACUUUGCAUGAAUUGGAUACUCGUACAAUGAAAACCAUGAUCGAAAUUUUUAACAGGGAUUUGAGUAAAUCACAGAAUACAUCACGCAUACAGAUAAUUUUGUUUUAUUUUUGCCUAUUCUUGGUACUUGGAUUAAUUGCCAUAGAAAUUUUGUUUUCAAUUAGACAAAUAUCAACUUAUUUGUGGAUAGAGGUAAUUAUUAAUGUGAUAAUUGUGCCUAUCGCUAUUUAUGGUGUUAUUGUUGGAUUAGUUGGAUUUAUCUUUGGUAACUCAGAGCAAAAUGUGCUUAAGCAACUUAUCGAAGAGAUUAAAACUUAUAACGAGGGAAAAAAAAUUCUUGAGAGUAGAGAAAGUAAGGCUAGUAGAGGAAGCAGUGCAAGAUUUGAGGAUAAUGAUAAUAGCCAACGAUCAUCCGCAGCAGCCGGAAUAAAUAUCGAACUUGAUGCAAAAGACUCUCAAUAUAAACUAUGA